AUGUCCUCACACUCCACGUACUCCUACGGGUCCGAUGUUGGCGGCAACGAUGAUGUGGGCUUUUCUUCACACGAGAGUGGAUCUCCUGCACCCGACAUAUGGCCGCCGCCCUUCCCCGUUCCGGGCGCUCGUCCCCAGUCCCGCGCUCACACACCCGUAAACGCUGUCGUAAACCAGUUCUACAACCGCACGGUCUUUACGGGUGCACUUCCCGCGCAGGGAAUGUCUCCUACUCGUUCGGACACUCCCGAAACCGGAGAUGUUUUCCUUCGCCACGGAGGAGCGCGUCGUGCGCCGACCCCUCUUCCUCAUUUCAGGGUUGGACUAUCUUCUUCGUCUGGCUCAGACACUCCUUCAGCUUCCAGCUUCGGAGAUAUCGCCCCUCGCCGUGCACGAACACCCAGAGCACGGACGCCUCUCCCUUGCAGCGCUAUCGAGCCGCACUCGGACCCUUAUACGUCGAUGUUGGCUUUCGUUCUGCCUCGUGCCGUGCAGGCUUCGGCUGAUGGGGAUCGGGAGCAAGGACUUUGCUUUCCCGACGGCAACUUCGUCAUCGUCUCCAAGGACCAUCAGGUUUCCCGCGUCCACAAGAGCACGCUCGAACUACAGGCUCCUCAGAUCGUCCGCCAAUCAAGGAGCUGGAACGAGGUCUAUCGCUACGCGCUACUCAAAAACGCCGACGGCGCGCACGUGGACGCCUUCCUGCGAGCCGCGUUUUGUCCCGAGUAUUUCCCGGCACCGCCGCAGCAGGUCGCCUUCAAGGUCAUCCGCAUGGUGUUGACCAUGGCGCAUGAGCUCGGCGCGAUACCUCUGCGGAGACGCGCGUUGACUCACUUGGAGGCCUUAGCUAAGUCAGCGCUUGAUUCUCCCAGCCAUUGGGCCAACGUUGCCACCAAGCUGUUCGUGGUCUCCUGCUCGCGAGAGGUCGGCGCUCUAUGGCUGAUGCCCUCGAUCAUGUACACGCUGACCUGCGUGUCUCCGCGCUCGUUCGACGUCGCCGCACCAGCCGACCACGAGUAUAUUUAUGUCCUGUCCGACGAAGACCACCGCACCAUCGCCAAUGCUCGGGUCAGUACCCGGAACUUCGGUGAGAUCAAGGCGCUCGUCUUCGCUAACACUCGCUGCGUCGAUCGCGCGUGCAUCAACUCGCGGAAUAGGUUACUGGACGUGAUCCACGACAGAUAUGAGAAGGACCCAUUACACGCUAUGCACACACUAUCGUAUAUUCUCCAACCUGAUGCAAAGGAAGCCUGCCGAAUCUGCUCGCAUUGCUAUGAUGUGGUCAAGCCCAAAGUGGACACGUUGGAGGACAAAUUCCUGGAGGAUCUGCCGACUCACUUCGCCUUUCCGACCUGGGAUGCUCUGGAGCACAUGCGCGAGCAAGACAUGGGCUGCCCUGGCCAAAUCCUACGCCCAGUGUGGAAGCAUAUCCACAAGGUUUAG